CAACAUUUUAAAUUUCACAUUUGUUAUCGCUCAAAGUCAAUUGACAUCGUUUGUCUUAAUAGUUUACACGAUUUGCACUGUGCUUACAGAAGGGAAUAUAAAUUUUCAGGGAUCACUGCCCGAAACACCCAUUAAAGCUAUAAUAAAAUGGAUUGGAUGGAUACCUCUUUGUUGCCAGUGUCUCCCCUACUGGUGUCAAUAGUGCUAAUCAUCGUAAUAUACACAAUCACUACCCAAUAUUGCGGACAAAUAAGGGUGAAAAAAGUUCAAUUUACCGACAAUCAGUCUGUGAUAAUUGACGAAAAGACAGGAUUAAGAGGGUCUGUUAGAAAACUCUCUGUUACCGAUGCUGAGGAACCAAAGUCGCCAUUUGAUCUCUUUAAAAUAGGACUAAGAAAGUCAAAAGAUAAAUUCUGUCUCGGAAAUCGUCAGUCAUUCAGUUCUCCAAUUAAAUGGAUUACUUAUGAUGAGGUUUAUGAAAAAAUUCAACUGUUUGGAUCAUCAGUAACGACACUGAUGGGAGAAAUCUCCACGAAUAAUUUUAUUGGAAUUUAUGGAAAAAAUUCUCCAAAGUGGGUGAUAACACAGUUAGCUGGUUCUGCAUACUCGUUUGUCAUUGUACCGUUAUACAGUACUUUUGGUGAUGAAGCUAUAGUUCAUGUUAUUAAUGAAACUGAACUAAAAAUUAUUGUCUGUGACACAGUAUCUCAAGCUUAUCAUUUGUACAAAAUCAAUCCACAGAAACUUGAAGUAUUUAUUAUAAUGGAGCCAGAAAGCACAUUCCAAUCUUUUGAAAAAGAAUGGUCAGAUAAAGUCCGAUUGUUUACGUUUGAAGAGAUGUUGGAAAAAGGAUAUUCUAAUCGUUUACCUGUAAAGGUCCCGGAUGACAACGAUCUAUUCAUGAUAUUAUAUACCAGUGGAUCAUUAGGUUUACCCAAAGGAGUUAUGAUAACAAACAAAGCUUAUUUAAAUGCCGUAAAACUAACUAUUAGCUUGACAGAGGAAAAUCAUUUUUCAACUGAAGAUUUGUCACAUGUUUCAUUCCUACCUUUAUCACAUACUAUGGAACAGCUAACAAUGAUAUGGGCCAUAUAUUCUGGUGGUCGAAUCGGUUUUCUCACUGAUGGUAUUGAGUCAUUAUUUGAUGAUCUUAGAGAUUUUAAGCCAACGUUUUUCUGCUCUGUUCCAAGAUUGCUUGUCCGAGUAUAUAUGAGUUUUUCCAAAAAGAUUCAUUCUAAGCCAAUAAUUUGGAAAAUAUGUCGAUACGAAAUAAACAAGAGAAUAGAAGAACAGAAGCAUGGAAUAUAUCGAAGGAAUGGAAUAAUAGAUUUCCUGUUUUUUCGAGAAUUUCGGGAACUACUGGGUGGUCGAGUAACAGCUAUUAUUUCAGGUAGCUCUCCAAUAGACAGAGAUGUUCUUUUCUUCAUUAGAGGUGUUUUGAGCUGUCCUGUUAUUGAAAUAUAUGGAUCAACAGAAACACUUGGUUUAGUAUCCAGUACAAUGUUUGAAGAUGUCGAUGCUCAUCAUGUUGGAGCUAUUUUCCCUGGCGUACAAAUUAAACUAAUAGAUGUUCCGGAAAUGGGUAUAUUCGUAUCCAAGGAUCAAAUGGGAGAGAUAUGCAUUCGUAGUAAAUGUAAUAUGCUUGGUUAUUAUAAAAAUCAAGAAAAAACGGAAGAAGUCCUUGAUUCAGAGGGCUUUGUUCACACAGGAGAUGUUGGAGUUUGGUUAGAAAAUGGAGCAUUAAAAAUUGUGGAUCGAACGAAAAAUCUAUUUAAAUUAUCACAAGGAGAAUAUGUAGCACCAGAGAAAGUAGAACAAACCUACUUAUUCUGUGAUCUAAUACAAUAUGUGUAUGUUGAAGGUCAUUCGCUUAAAUCUUAUGCAGUAGCAGUGGUUAAACCGAACUUUAAAAGAUUGCGCAAGGAAGCAGUAGAUAUUAUUCGUAAAUUACCAAAGACAAUUUCAUUACCUAUUGAAAAAAAGUGUGAGAACAUGAAGGAUGGAGAAUCACUGGAGGAAAUAACUAACGCUGAAUUAUGCACCAGAAAAGAAAUACGUGAAUUUGUCUUGGAGAAAAUGAACUCAAUUGCUAGAGAAAAAGGUCUAAAAGGAUUUGAACUGGCCCGUAAUAUCUACUUAACGCCAGAACCGUUCACAGUAGACAAUGGAUUAUUAACUCCAACAAUGAAACUUGCAAGGAUGAAUCUACGAAAACAUUUUGCAAAUACUAUUAAAAAUCUGUACGAAGAAGAGAAGUGCUAUUAACUAUCAAAUUGUUUUUUAUAGUCAAUAUUUUAACACAAGGCUAUUUUAUAUUGUGUAGUCUCAUUCACUUAUUUUAACACUGCACAUUUUCACCUUUUUCAGUAACAGAAGACGAUUGUGCUUUAAUUUCGCUCUUUAUUAUUUCCUCAAAAACCAACUAUAUAUAUAUUUGCCAUUAUUUACUGUAGAAACAAAGUUCCAUAACAAUGGUGUAACAACUUCUUCGAAAUGU